AUGGGUAUUCCCGCUGCCUUUAGAUGGCUAUCUAACAAAUAUCCCAAAAUCAUUUCACCAGUGAUUGAACAAACGCCGAUUGUCACCGAAGAUGGCAUCACGAUCCCCGUCGACACCACGCAGCCCAAUCCUAAUGGGGAAGAGCUGGACAACCUAUAUUUGGACAUGAAUGGAAUUGUCCAUCCAUGCUCCCAUCCAGAGGAUAGGCCAGCACCAGCUGACGAGGAGGAAAUGAUGCUCGAGGUUUUCAGAUACACGGAUCGUGUGGUGAACAUGGUUCGCCCACGAAAGAUUCUAAUGAUUGCUGUUGAUGGAGUUGCGCCAAGAGCCAAGAUGAAUCAACAGCGAUCGCGACGAUUUCGAUCGGCCCAGGAAGCCAAGGAAAAGGAAGAAGACAAGCAAGCGCUGAUCGAACUCCUCAAGCGUCAAAAUGGUGGCACAUUCGAAGCUGCGGACUCGGAGACGGUCGUCAAGAAGGCUUUUGACUCAAACUCCAUCACCCCAGGCACCCCAUUCAUGGAUAUCCUCGCCUUGAGUUUGCGGUAUUGGUGCCAGUACAAGCUGAACACAGAUCCAGCAUGGGCUAAGCUUAAAAUCAUCAUAUCUGAUGCUACUGUGCCCGGUGAAGGUGAACAUAAGAUCAUGAAUUUUGUCAGAUCUCAACGCACUUCUCCAAACUAUGACCCCAACACCCGCCAUGUUAUUUAUGGUUUGGAUGCCGAUCUCAUCAUGUUAGGACUUGCCACGCACGAGCCUCACUUUCGAGUCCUACGUGAAGAUGUCUUCUUCCAAGAUGGCAAGAAUAGGGCGUGUAAGCUGUGUGGCCAAAAAGGACAUGAGGCGAAUAAUUGUCGUGGAACCGCUAAACCAAACGAUGAUCCUGCUGCUGCUGACGAAAAAAGCAAAGGCCUUCAGAGCCCCGUCCAAAAGCCUUUCAUUUGGCUGCACGUUUCUGUGCUGAGAGAGUAUCUCGCGGCCGAGUUGGCUGUGCCCGAUCUUCCUUUCAGAUUUGACCUAGAGCGGGCCAUUGACGAUUGGAUCUUCAUGUGCUGCUUUGUAGGUAACGACUUUUUACCUCACCUGCCUGCUCUUGAGAUUCGAGAGCAUGGAAUUGAUACUUUGACCACAAUCUGGAAGACGAAUUUGCCAUCCAUGGGCGGUUAUGUCACCAAAGAUGGCCAUAUUGACUUAGCGAGGGCGCAAGUCAUACUUGACGGCCUUGCAAGCCAGGAAAAUGCAAUUUUUAAGCGAAGAAAAGAGCAGGAAGAUCGUCGAGAGGCCUCUAACAAACGAAGAAAGCUGCAAAAUGAAGGUUAUGCCAGAAAUGGACAGCAUGGCUCUUCUAAAAUUGAUGGACACGCCGAUCCUACCAAAGGGCUGCACCUUUUCCCUAUUGCUGCAUCACAAACCGCAAAUUCGGCUAUUAACAUGACGCACGAUAUGAUUGUCAGCCGCAAUGCGACUCAAGAUGUGACGUUAGCCAACAAGGGCGCGGCCAGCGUAAUGCGAGAUCGACUGCGGGCUGAUACUAGCAAGAACGAGGAUACCUCUACCGCGGCGGCAAAUAUUACUCAGCCUCUACCUUCGUCCCUGGGAAAGAGGAAAGCUAUGGACUCCGACGACACCGCUGAUGCCACUCCAGCUGAAUCGCCCAGCGUCAAACCCUUGGCACCUACAGAGGUAGAACCGGUUGAUAACGUGCGCCUAUGGGAGGAUGGCUAUGAAGAUCGCUACUACCAGCAAAAGUUCCACAAAGAUCCACAGGACAUUGACUUUCGCCACAAGGUGGCACAGGCAUACGUCGAAGGGCUGGCUUGGGUAUUGCUCUAUUACUUCCAAGGAUGUCCGUCUUGGGAGUGGUACUAUCCUUACCAUUAUGCCCCGUUUGCUGCUGAUUUUAAAGACCUCACCAAGAUGGAAAUUGCUUUCGAAAAGGGGCGAAUUUCGAGGCCAUUCGAACAGCUGAUGAGCGUCUUGCCGGCGGCAUCCCGCCAUGCUCUCCCCACAGUCUUCCAUGAACUGAUGUUACAAAAAGACAGUGAGAUCAUCGACUUCUAUCCAGAGGAGUUCCAAGUCGACUUGAACGGGAAGAAGAUGGCAUGGCAGGGAGUCGCUCUACUUCCAUUUAUUGACAUGCCACGACUCCUCAAGGCUGUUCAAGGCAAAUAUCACUUACUAAGCCCAGAAGAUGUUGCACGAAACACAGUGGGAAAAGACGUCCUGCUAUUGUCUGAUAACCAUGAUGGACUCUAUGACGACAUCCUAACCAAUUUCUAUUCAAAGAAGCAGGACCGUUUAAGACUCAGUAUUAAUACGAAAAACAGCAACGGCUUAGCAGGAGAAAUAGAAAAGCAAGAAGACAAGGUUCCCCAUGGGUCUUUGAACUAUCCCCUGGAGCGACGAUCUAUGCCGGAUCUAGAUUACGAUCAUUCAAUUAGCGUUUAUUAUGACAUGCCGCAGGUAACCCAAACUCAUAAAUCAAUGCUACUACGCGGAGUGCGAAUGCCGGCACCUGUUUUGACUAGGAGCGACAUUGAAAUACUGCGAGGAAAGGGAAAUCGAGGAGGUCGCGGCAACUAUGGAGGAUCAUUUAGGAAUAACCAAGGUCGGAAUGGGCCUGGCUACGCUGGUGGGUACAGAGAUUCGCGAGGAUCUCAUACCGGGCACUACAGGGACAACCAACGCUACGAUUCACACAAUUCCCACCAUGGUAUGCCUCAGCAUGGGAGGUGGCAACCUCCAGCUGGGCCAGGGUUUGAUCCAAGAGCUAGCUCCUUUGCAGCUCCGAAUAUGCAGCACCAACCGCAGCAAGGUUGGCAUGGGAAUAGACCCGAGUAUGGCCACCAGGGCCACCAGGGAAGACACGGAGGAGACUAUGGAGCGCGGCCUCCUCACGGUAAUCAGUGGCGCGGCCGUGGUCAUCAAUGA